ACAAACAAGACAUUCACAUACACUUACACAUACAUACACAACACUCUACUUGUCCACUCUCUCUCUCUCUCUCUCUCUACCCUGUAGAGAGAUUGAAGAUUGCACCCUUCUUCUUGAUUAUACAUCUUCAAACUCAAAACCCAUUAUAAAAAUUUUCCUGCUUAUAUAUGUGUAUGUGGCUGUUGUAAAUAUAAAUUGUCUAAAAAAAUGGAUCUUCACAGUCUUGCAGUGGUUCUUCAAGCUGCACUUAGUCCAAAUCCUGAUCAACGUAAAGCUGCUGAACAAAGUCUUAAUCAGAUUCAGUAUACACCUCAGCAUUUGGUGAGGAUGUUGCAGAUCAUUGUAGAUGGGAAUUGCGACCCGGCAGUACGACAAGUUGCAAGUAUACAUUUCAAAAACUUUAUCGCCAAAAACUGGUCGCCUCAUGAUCCUGAUGAGCAAUCAAAGAUCCUACCUAGUGAUAAAGAUUUGGUUCGCCAAAAUAUUCUUGUGUUUAUUGUCCAGGUGUCCCCAUUGUUGAGGGCCCAGCUUGGGGAGUGUCUCAAGACGAUUAUACAUGCUGAUUACCCAGAGCAAUGGCCAAGUCUUUUACACUGGGUGAAACAUAAUUUACAAGAUCAACAAGUUUAUGGAGCAUUGUUUGUGCUGAGAAUCCUUUCUAGGAAAUAUGAGUUUAAGUCAGAUGAGGAGCGGACACCAGUUCAUCACAUUGUUCAGGAGACAUUUCCUCAUUUGUUGAGUAUAUUUAACAGGCUGGUUCAAAUUGACAAUGCUUCAAUAGAAGUAGCUGACUUGAUUAAGCUCAUCUGCAAGAUAUUCUGGUCAUCUAUAUAUUUGGAGAUUCCAAAGCAGUUAUUUGAUCCGAAUGUGUUCAAUGCUUGGAUGGUUCUUUUCCUAAACAUAUUGGAGAGACCUAUACCUCUUGAAGGACAACCAGCUGAUCCAGAGCUCAGGAAAUCAUGGGGUUGGUGGAAGGUUAAAAAGUGGACAGUUCACAUAUUAAACCGCCUAUACACUCGGUUCGGUGAUCUGAAACUUCAAAACCCAGAAAAUAGAGCUUUUGCCCAAAUGUUCCAGAAGGGUUUUGCUGGAAAGAUUUUGGAAUGUCAUUUAAAUUUGUUGAAUGUGAUCAGGGUUGGUGGUUAUCUGCCAGACAGAGUUACCAAUCUUAUCUUGCAAUAUUUAACCAACAGUGUUUCCAAGACCAACAUGUACAAUCUGCUUCAACCAAGAAUGGAUUCUCUACUUUUUGAGAUAAUCUUUCCACUUAUGUGCUUUAAUGACGAUGACCAAAAACUUUGGGAUGAAGACCCACAUGAAUAUGUGAGGAAGGGUUACGACAUCAUAGAGGAUUUAUACAGCCCAAGAACUGCUGCUAUGGAUUUCGUAAGUGAGUUGGUAAGAAAGCGCGGGAAAGAGAACCUUCAGAAGUUUGUACUGUACAUUGUGGAAAUUUUUAGAAGAUAUGAUGAGGCAGCAAUAGAAAAUAAGCCCUACAGACAGAAAGAUGGUGCUCUGCUUGCAAUUGGAGCGCUGUGUGAUAAACUGAAGCAAACAGAACCUUACAAGUCUGAGCUUGAACGCAUGUUAUUGCAACAUGUUUUCCCUGAAUUCAACAGUCCUGUGGGCCAUCUUAGAGCCAAGGCAGCCUGGGUUGCUGGACAAUAUGCACAUAUCAAAUUCUCAGACACAAACAUUUUUCGUAGAGCAUUGCAAAGUGUUGUGGCUGGGAUGCGAGACCCAGAGCUUCCAGUUCGUGUUGACUCUGUUUUUGCUUUACGUUCAUUUGUUGAAGCCUGCAAGGAUUUGGAUGAAAUCCGACCGAUUCUUCCACAGUUACUAGACGAAUUUUUCAAACUUAUGAAUGAGGUUGAAAAUGAGGAUCUUGUGUUUACGCUGGAGACUAUCGUGGACAAAUUUGGGGAGGAGAUGGCACCCUAUGCUCUUGGACUGUGUCAGAAUCUGGCUGCUGCAUUUUGGAAGUGUAUGCACACUGCUGAGGCUGAUGAUGAAGCUGAUGAUCCAGGUGCUUUGGCAGCAGUUGGAUGCUUGCGGGCCAUAAGCACAAUCCUUGAGUCCGUGAGCAGGCUUCCUCAGCUGUUUGUUCAGAUUGAACCAACAUUACUUCCAAUCAUGCGGAGGAUGCUGACUACUGAUGGACAAGAGGUCUUUGAGGAAGUUCUUGAAAUUGUAUCAUAUAUGACUUUCUACUCGCCAACUAUAUCUAUGGACAUGUGGACCCUCUGGCCAUUGCUGACCGACGCUCUAUCUGACUGGGCUAUUGAUUUUUUUUCAAAUAUUCUUGUUCCUCUAGACAACUUUAUAUCGAGGGGUACAAUGCAUUACCUUACAUGCAAGGAGCCAGAUUACCAGCAAAGUCUUUGGAAUUUGAUUUCUACCAUCAUGGGUGAUCAGAAUAUGGAGGACAGUGAUAUUGAGCCGGCACCUAAGCUUAUUGAAGUGGUGUUCCAAAACUGCAGGGGGCAGGUGGAUCAUUGGGUUGAACCUUAUAUUAGAAUCACAGUUGAGCGGUUGCGUCGAACUGAGAGAGCAUAUUUGAAAUGUCUUUUGAUGCAAGUGAUUGCCAAUGCCCUUUACUACAAUGCACCUUUAACACUCAACAUACUGCAAAAACUUGGGGUUGCUACAGAAAUAUUUAAUCAUUGGUUCCAGAUGUUGCAACAGACUAAAAAGAGUGGAGUGCGAUCUAAUUUUAAGAGAGAACAUGAUAAAAAGGUUUGCUGCUUGGGCUUAACAGCACUGCUCCAACUUCCUGCCGAACAGUUACCAGCGGAGGCAAUGCUGCGUGUUUUCAAGGCCACCCUUGAUCUACUUGUUGCCUACGAAGAUCAAGUAGCGGAAGCUGCAAAGGAAUUAGAGACCGAGGAUGAUGAUGAUAUGAAUGGUUUGCUGUCUGAUGAGGAAGAUGAUGUGGAUGAUUCUGACAAAGAAAUGGGAGUAGAUGCUGAGGAUGGAGAUGAAGCUAAUAACAAAACUCUUCAAAGAUUGGCAGCACAGGCAAGGGCUUUCCGUUCAAAUGAUGAAGAUGAUGAUACAGAUGAUGACUUCAGUGAUGAUGAGGAUCUACACUCACCAAUAGAUGAAGUCGACCCUUUUGUGUUCUUUGUUGACUCUACAAAAGUUUUGCAAGCUUCUAAUGAAGUGAGGUUCCAGAGUCUUACACAAGCUCUUGACAUCCAUUAUCAAGCACUAGCCAAUGCUGUUUUUCAGCAUGCUGAGCAGAGAAGAGUUGAGAUAGAGAAAGAAAAGUUGGAGAAAGCACAAGGAACUGUACCUCCUUAAAUGAAGAUAACAGAAAGGAUUAUGUUACUCAAUAUACAGAGUUUCUCUUCUUUUUUGAUCGACUUCACAUUUAUACAGAUUUGGUGUGGUAAAGAAAUUCCUGUCAAGCUUGGGUGAAGCUUUGUCAUGGUUCCAGUCCCAGGAGACUGGGGAAGUGUCAUUGGGUAUAAGUGUCAACAUGUACCUUUUACGGAUGAGAACUGGGGUCUUCAUGUGUCUUAUUUCUAAAUAUGAGAGGGAUGCAGGAACUUGGAAGGUCCUACAUUCUUUUCUGUGGUUUGAACUAUCUAUCUGGUUUUGGUCCGGUUGGUGCUUAUCCUUUUCUAGUACCAUGUUGUUUACGUUCAAUAUGAAUACGGUCAAAUACCAAUUUUAGUGGUAUAGUGAUGGAUUAGAAACCCUCAGAUCUUUAGGAGAGGGGGAGGUUGUGUAUACGGAUGAUGCAUUGAUGCUUUGUAUUGAUUCUCUUUUGUUGGUCGCGAGCUGUGCCCUAUAAUUUUUUGGCCCUCAAUUCCUCGUUAUAUAAAUUUGAAAAUUACCAUAAUUGGUUUAAAGCUGGAAAUGUGAAACCUGAAGAGAGGUCUUUGGGACCAGCUUGCCGCAGAGUGUAAUAUACAGUUGCUUAUUCUUUCAUAUGGGAAAUGGAACUUAUUCUUUCA